GUAUUAUCAACUAAAACAAAGCAACUGAAAUUUGAAAGAGCUUGCGUCUCAUUUGCUCUGCACUCACGAGGCUUUCAUGGCUAAGCCUGUUUCGAUUGAAGUUUGGAACCCAAAUGGAAAAUACAGGGUCGUUAGCACCAAACCCAUGCCAGGAACACGCUGGAUCAAUCUCUUGAUCGAACAAGAUUGUCGUGUCGAAAUAUGCACUCAGAAGAAGACUAUACUGUCUGUUGAGGAUAUUGUGGCUCUAAUUGGGGAUAAAUGUGAUGGAGUCAUUGGACAGUUGACAGAAGAUUGGGGAGAGACAUUGUUUCAGGCAUUAAGUCGAGCAGGAGGAAGAGCUUUCAGUAACAUGGCUGUUGGAUACAACAAUGUUGAUGUUAAUGCUGCUAACAAAUAUGGGGUUGCUGUUGGCAAUACUCCUGGAGUACUUACAGAAACAACAGCAGAGUUGGCUGCUUCACUAUCUUUAGCAGCUGCUAGGAGAAUUGUCGAAGCAGAUGAGUUCAUGAGGGCAGGCUUAUAUGAUGGAUGGCUUCCAAAUCUGUUUGUGGGGAACUUGCUUAAGGGACAGACCGUGGGUGUAAUUGGAGCUGGCCGUAUCGGUUCUGCUUACGCAAGAAUGAUGGUUGAAGGGUUCAAAAUGAACUUAAUUUACUAUGAUCUAUACCAAUCCACACGCCUGGAAAAGUUUGUCACAGCUUAUGGUGCAUUCCUUAAAGCUAACGGAGAGCAACCUGUGACCUGGAAAAGGGCAGCAUCCAUGGAUGAGGUGCUGCAGGAGGCAGAUGUGAUAAGUCUCCAUCCAAUCUUGGAUAAAACCACUUAUCAUUUGGUUAACAAAGAAAGGCUUGCAAAGAUGAAGAAGGAAGCGAUCCUCAUAAACUGUAGUAGGGGCCCUGUGGUUGAUGAAGUUGCUCUUGUUGAACAUUUGAAGCAAAACCCUAUGUUUCGAGUUGGUCUUGACGUCUUCGAGGAUGAGCCCUACAUGAAGCCUGGGCUUGCUGACAUGAAAAAUGCUGUUGUGGUUCCUCACAUUGCUUCUGCUUCCAAGUGGACACGCGAGGGAAUGGCAACUCUAGCCGCUCUUAACGUCCUGGGAAAGAUUAAAGGUUAUCCAGUAUGGGAUGAUCCCAACAGGGUUGAACCGUUCUUGAACGAGAAUGCUCGACCUCCAGCGGCCAGUCCGAGCAUUGUCAAUGCAAAAGCCUUGAGUCUGCCUGUUUCAAAGCUAUAAGCGCUGGUGUUCUUGCUCUUCAUUCCCCUUCGAAGCGGCCAGUUACCUAGCUAUCUAAGUGUGCUAGUAGUCAUGUAUACCUAUUACCCAAACUUUAUUGUUAUAUGAGAACCCACUUCAUAAUUCUAUGGGUCAAUUAAACUUUUGUUA